AUGGAGAGAUCCGAACUUGUGUUGUUCGUUGCGCGGGCCGACUGCGAAGAAGAAGGGUGGCAGGAAUUUCUAAACCAUAGCUUGUCAUACACACGUGCCGCGUACGUGAACCACUAUGGCCCUCUUUCUGAAGAACUGCCGUUUCUCGUCUUCGCCCAAUCCUCCACCAGGAAAUUCGCUUCCGAUACCGUACCAAGCACUAUAGCCGAACUCCUUGCCACGGGCAAGGAGACCGGGCUACCCGUUGUCAUCGUGAUGAAUGGGUGGGACGGCCUUACUACGAAUCCAGUUGUGAUGUUCAACCUCUUUGGGCCAUGGAUUAAUGAUGUCGACAUAUCUCUUCGCGUAUUCGCGGGCGAACCGCGCACAUUCUUUGGCGUUUCUGUGGUGCAUGUGAUAGAGGCUUUGCGAGGGGAUCAUGAUGAUGAUGAGGCUCCCGAUCUUCCUUACGACACACAACUCUUCCUCGACAAAUUUCAUGCACUUCACUACAUGGGCAUCACCGGAAAUCUAAGCCCACCAAGUGCUGCGGCGUUUAGACAGUAG